UCGUUUGGCCGAAAAAUGGCUGACGUCGAUGAGGAUUUUUACGUGGACGAGUCCUUCGAGGACGACUCGGAUAUCGAGGAACAGGAAGACGAAGCGGAGAGAGACAAGGGCAAGAAUGAUGACGAUGACGAAGACAAAGACGAGGACGAUGACGAUGACGACGAUGACGACGAUGACGACGAUGACGACGAUGACGACGACGACGACGAGGAAAGUACGCCAGAAGAUAGCGAAGAUAGCGAUGCCGACCCCAAAAUGGAGUUCCUGCUCGGCAACCCACAUGCCCGGCGACAGCUGCUUCGCUCCCUCGUUAGUGCCCGCGCUUACGGCCGCAAUAUUCCAACCUAUUCUAGCUCUUCGUCCGAUGAAGAGAGUCAGGUGGUCAUUACCAAGACGGUGGCCGAGGUGAAUUCGUUGGCCCUCGGCAGUGACGCGUCGGUGGAGGAUAGCCCGGAAUCGGCGCGUACCCUCAAACCAGGCAGUGCCAGGGCCAAAGAAGACCUGGACAUUAGCGAGUCGGACGAGGAAGUGGACGAUGAAGAAGAGGAAGAUAAAAUGAAGUAUGGGGACGAUAUCGGAAUCUUGGAAGAAGACGAAGAGGACGUGGAAGAAGAAGAAGAAGUUGAGGACCAAGAGGAAUAUUCGGAAAGCGAUGACGCAGUUGACUCUGACGAGGAAGCUCAUGAGUCGCCCGAUAAAUAUAUAUAUGGAACCGUUGUCGAAGUGGAUCAACAGGAACUGGAAGAGGACGAGGAGACACAUCAGGAUCCGGAUCCGGAAGAGCCUGAGACCAAGACCAAGACUGAUCCGCCGACAAUCGUUGCCCCAGCCGCCCAGAACGUCAUCACUGUGGAAGAUGCCAGCGACAACAGCAGCGAGUCCAGCACCAAGUGUGCUCGCAAAGCCUCCCCCCGAGGUUAUGAGACGGACAUGAGCCUGAUCGACAAAAAACAUCCGUCACAGCUGCCGGUGGAGGCGAAGCUCGAGGCAAUCACCGAGCUCGAGAUCGAGAUCGACACCGAGACCGAAACUAAGAUUGAGACUGAUACUAAGACAAAGCCGGUAAUCGAGCCACCAAAUUUGAUCUACGAUCUCACUAAGGAGCAACUCGCAGCGGCCAUGCCGCCCAUGUCCCAGCUGGAACAAUUUAUCAGCGAGAUGAACAUGAACGUGCCAGACAAUAGCUUUAUGAUGGCUCCGGAUGUGGCGGCCGUCAAGCUUCUGGAACGCCAGAUGACUCAGAUGUCUGCGAUUAUAAUGAAGUCAAUCCGCAUGAACGGUGGUGCGGUCAACAAUCGAACACUUGAUGGACCGUCUAUGCCAACGGACAUGCUGCGGGAACGAAGCCCACAAGUGGAAGACGCUGGAGCGGAGUCGACUACGGAAUCGAGCCUGACGAGCAGCUGUGAUACUGGCGAUACUGGUAAUACUGCUGAAAAGCUGUGGACAAAAAGAAUGGAUCCUCAGGGCUAUGAGGAGAAUAUGAGCUCAGUGGGUUCGCGUUCCCAUUGCCGUUGUCCUUCAACCACAGACUGCAUGGAGACGGACCCCGAGCCGGAGACGGUGAUGGAUGCAGCUUUCUAUAUGGACGAGUGCGGCCAGGGGGACGGCCUGAUGCGUCAUCCGCACCAGCGGCGCCCACCCGAGUUUCAGCACAGCCUAUGUAGCAUCACCCCGAGCAGCUUCACCAGCGAUGACUGUGCCCGUGUCAUCAAUCUCCCGCGUUCACGAUCGUCCACCGAAAAGAUAAACUACAAGAAUCUGGGCCGCAAGAGCUUCAGCUUCACCAAUGCACAGAUGCGAGAGAUCGAGCGGCAGAACCAGAUCUUGCUGCGAAAGAUGAUGACGGUCAAGCCCACGGCCACGAUCAAGGCCAGCACCAGCGCCAUGAAGUGCAACAAAAACGCGACUUCCAAUCUCCCGCCACCUGCAGCAGCGCGUCUGUCCAGUGCGGCAGUCAAUCGGAAGAAGUACCAACGCCAGAUCGAUUUGGAGAACGAUUUGAUCAAGCGCAAGCUAAAUGCUAUACACACACGUCGUCCGAUAUUCAAAUGAAGCCCUGUUGCGGCAGCCCAAACUGUGUUCAUAGUUUCAUGUUUAGUAAUGUUUUAUAAGAAUU